CCGCACCUCACCCAGCAUCACCACAAGCUUAUUGGCACCACCACGCACUGCCACCACACACACACACACAUACACUGGACAUACCAGUUGUCCACACACGCCGCAACAAUGCAACCGCUCCUCCGCAGCGCGCACCGCUGCACGCUCAAGCCACUCCGCACUGCCGGUACCGGCGGCAAGACCACAACACGCGCACUAUCGGCGACCACCCGCGCCAGAGCGGCCGCAGAGGGCGAGAGCCACUAUGAUCCACCCACGGGGUGGCUGUGGGGCGUGAAGCCGGGGGAGAAGUAUGAGAAGGAGGGGUGGGAGGGGGUAAUGUUUUGGGGGUUUGGGGGGGGGUUGGUGGCGUUGACGGUGGGGUAUGCUUUUAAGCCUGAUACGUCGAUACAGACUUGGGCGCUUGAGGAGGCGAGGAGACGGUUGGAAGUUGAGGGGAUCUUGAAGGAGCCUGAGUCGAAGGAGUAGAGCUUGCGAGCUAUCGAAUUGUGCCCAGGAAACCCGAAACGAUUGGGGGAAAAGACAUGACGGGGGGAUUGAAGGGCGGAGAGACGUAUAUACGGAAUUUUGCUGGAUUUUUCCGGCGGCGAGUUCGAAGUCGAUGAGGAGCUUGAUUAGACUGAUGGUGGCUGUUGAGAUUGGAUGAAAGCAUAUUACACAUAGAGUGUGGUGUUGAGCUGGCAUUGUGAAGAGAAUCUUAUUUGAGUUUUGUUUUUUAUGACUUGUUUGGGUGCAUUGUGGUUGUGUUUAUAUGUGGAGGUCCUAGCGAUGCUGUGACUCCGACAAAGGCAGGCUUCCUGAUUAAUUGCUUCUUAAAGGGGAUUAUCUAGCAUGAGGCAGGUAUGCCCAAACCAUCCACACAAUCCACACAAUCCGAAGCACCACCUCUGGGCAAGAGCUUCUUACCUCAACCGCCCACGCCCCGCAACUCAACCAUCAAAGCCUGUCCGAUAUUUCUAGACUUCGAUGCCAAAUAUUUUUCCAUAUCUUGGAUCGAGAGGCGGGGUUUCGGGACGGGUUCUUGCUAAGAGCGGGUAGGGGCGUGGGAAGGAGCUACUAUAUAAAUAAACGUUUAUCUAAUUUCUCAGGGCCAGACAGAGAUAUACUCAUCGGCGUAUGGCAAAUUGUCCUUGAGGUAGGUUUGCUCUUGCCACGGCUUCUGGAGAAUCUGGUGUUGUGCUGUGGGCAGGUAAACGAGGGUUGGAUUGUUGGGGGAGGUGGCACAAAGUUGUGGCGACGAGAAGCUGCGGUGAGAAGAAGUUGAUGGUGACGAGACGCUGCGUCGGCAAGAAGCGGCGGAAGAGAGGAGUUACAGAUGGAUGGCUUCGUCCGUGGUUAUAUGUUUCUGGAGUGUGGCCCGCAGCAUCCUUGGUAUAGGUUUCCACGGCCGCGUGGUCGGCAGUGCCUUUUGCGGUGUCUGCCUCCGCAAGCUUCGUGUAUAGCUCGCAAAUUAAACUCCUUCCGCAAACUUACAAACCACUGAACUUUCUCCUGCUCUGAAUAACACUGGUCAAGAGAGGGAUAUAGCUACCAAGAAGCGCGAACGAGGUGGCUAAAUGGACAGUUGAUAUGGCGAUGAUUCGCAUUCUGCGCUCGGGUGUAUCGAUCGAAGAGGCUGUCCGACUUGGUCUGCCAGCUCGACAAAGAGGCUUGCACUCACUCAGAGUUCGUGUACUUGCCUCAGCGCUUUUUUAGCCUCGUUCUGAAGCCUUGCGGAUUCUGCGACCUGUUUAACCAUGUCCUUCCUUUCACUCCUCACCUCGCAACUCAAUCACCUAAACCUCUACGAGAUAUCCCAACUUUGAUGUCAUGGAGACGACGGCAAAGGCACGGUUCACAUAUUACCUUGAAAUAUUUUCUAGGAUAUCUUUGGUUCGGCUGACGGGGGUUCGGGACGGCGAAGAGGGGUUAUGAAGAGUCAGGGGCGUGGGAAGGAGCAACUAUUAAUAAACGGAGACUUUAGAGCCAGAUCAAAUAAAUGCGUCAUGACAUACUAAGCCAACCGGUUAGGAAGCCUCCUGUCCUAUCGCCCUUGUCAUCUUUCCGUCUGGGGAACCUGGUGUUGCUGGUGGCUGUGGGCUGUGGACACGUCAAUAAAAGGGCCACCCGGUACGAAAUAUUAUAAUGAGUUCACUUCUUGCCGAUAUUAGAUCACACGAGGAACAAAAACUACUCUCAUUUGACGACACCAUACUAAGAGACAUUUUUGGAUGAUGUUGGCACACUUUGGCAUAAGAUGACGGUAAUGACGGCGAUUGAAAGGAUGGUUAGGACAACCCCAGUCCUCCAUAGACGGGAAGAGCUGCUAUACUCAACAAACGAUGCGGAUGAACGCGGCCAGUACACGGUUGCCCUAGAUUGUUGUGGGGGGUGGCACAAGAGGCUGUAGUAACUAGAAGCUGUAGUUACAAGAAGCUAUGGUGGCAAGAGGCAGUGGUAACAAGAAGCUGUAGUAAUAAGAAGCUGUGGUGACAAGAAGUUGCAGUGACAAGAAGCCGCGGAGAAAGCCAUCGGCUACAAGGCUUACACGAUAUGGCUUCCUCCGCAGUUAUGUGAGAACUUCGAGAAGAGUAGUGUGAAGUACAGAAUGUCGGUGAUCGAUUUCAAAUCCGGUUUCACAGACUUGGAGGCCCAUUUCAGUACUCGUAUGGACGACAAGAACGCCCACUCGAGAUUGGUAUGGCUCAACUUCAAGUCGACCUUUAUUCCCUCCUGAGAAAGUUUGAAUUCCGCGGCGAGAUCCUUCUCAGUGUUCGGCGGAUACAUAUCCGGGUAGUAUCCGUGAAGCUCACGGGUAGGGUAUAUACCCGGCGACGAUCUGACGGGUAGGGUAGGGUAUAUAUCCGGAUACAUGAGGCUGAAUAUUGUAUAUAAAAAUAGAAUAGCGUAUAUAAAAAAGAAUGAAGC